CCACGGAUACACUAGGGGACAAAUGGAGCAACAUGUUGCGGAACAUGUUCCUCAACAACUACGUGGAAUGUGCCGACAUACAUGUCGCGGAACAUUUCGUCGACCACACUUCUCAGUGUUUAUAGAAAUGUCGCCCGAGGAGGUUGUGGCUAUUAGUGCUGCGUACAUAGUAAUUAUAUCGAGUGUGUUGAAACGUAAGAGAAAGAGAAGGUGGUGGAUGCGGAAUUUCUUAUUACAACGAGAUAGAAGAGUUAAUAUUUUAAGUGAUCUCCGAAUGUCUGACGGAUCGUUUGUGAAUUUUACUCGCAUGUCAUCAUCUGAUUUUGAAAUAUUAUUGCAAAUGAUCGCACCUUCCAUAGCCAAACAGGAUACAAUAUUACGGAACGCUAUUAGUCCUCAUAUCAGACUAGCCAUUACAUUGAGGUACUUGUCGACUGGAGAUUCUUAUGCUUCUUUGUCGUACACUUUUCGAGUGUCAAAACAACUAAUACGUAAAAUAGUACCAGAAGUUUGUAAAGAACUGAUAAAAAAAUUGAAGAUAUUUGUAAAGAUCCCAGCUACUCCAAAUGAAUGGAAAACCAAGGCUAAAAGCUUUGAAAAUAUAUGGAAUUUUCCGCAUUGCGUUGGAUCUAUAGACGGUAAACACGUUUUAAUCCAAGCUCCUUCGAAUUCGGGAAGUGACUAUUUUAACUAUAAGGAACAAUUUAGUAUUGUCCUAUUGGGUAUUGUCGAUGCAAAUUACAAUUUUAUCUAUGCAAAUUGUGGUGCUAAAGGAAAAUCUUCUGACAGUGGAGUAUUCCAAGAGACUGCUUUUUAUAAAGCUUUAGCUGAUAACCAACUCAACUGGCCAACUCCAGACCCAAUACGACAAGAUGGGCCGAAUAUGCCUUACGUACUUGUAGGAGACAGCGCCUUUGCACUGACAGAAAACAUGAUGAAGCCAUAUCCCGGUAAUCAUGACGUGGGUACAACAAGACGCAUUUUCAACUAUCGAUUGUCAAGAGCUAGAAGAAUUGUCGAAAAUGUGUUCGGUAUCUUAGGUGUUGUAUUUCGUAUAUUCCGAACUCCCAUAACCAUCCUACCCUUUAAUGCUGAAGUUGUUGUAAUGGCGUGCGUAUACCUCCAUAAUUUUUUAAGGCGAAAUAGUCAAUCGAGAUCACUGUACAACCCACAUGGGACUUUUGAUUCUGAAAAUGUGGAUCACGAUAUUUUAGAAGGAUCUUGGCGCAGAGAAACUGGCUCUGUUAAUAUGUCGAAUUUAAAUGCUAUGGGAAGACGCUACCCUGAAUCUGCAAUGGAAAUAAGAAACAAAUUUGCUGAAUAUUUCAUGAGUGAAGAAGGACGUGUUCCCUGGCAGAAUAAUUUUUAAAUGAAUAAACUAGUAUUGUACUAUAUUUUUUCUUUUAAUGUUACUGAACAACGUCAAUCCUUUUAGAAGUGAAGUUUUGUGGGUGAGGUGUGUACAAAUCUUAGUUUAUGUAAAUAAUAUAGGUACGUAUUAAUUUGUUACUUUUCCUUUC